AUGGCAAGUCGGUCGCCAUCUUCCCUGAUUGUGACACUGAUCGUUGCCUUGCUGUCUCUGGGAGUGGGUCUGGUGAUUGGGUACCUACUGCGUCCCUUGCAAGAGGCCGAGCACAAAGUCAUCGCUGGAUGGAUUGGCAGCGCCGACAAGGAAAUGACAGACGAGAAACUGGCGGCCCUUGAGAUGCUGCGGGAUUGUGGCAAUUUGGCUAGGGAGAAUACCAUCAUCAGCAAGCGUUUGGUAGAGAGCGAAGUAGAAGCAUGUCGAGCGUUGACCUGUGACCUGCCUUACCCCCGGACCUUCGUGGUCUACAAACUGGACGGCGAGACCGUGGAUCUUGACGGGAGACUGGAGGAGAAGGCCUGGACCAAUGUCGGCUGGUCUGAAGCUUUUGUAGAUAUUCAGGGUCGUGGAAUCAACAAGCCACGCCUAGAAACAAAAGUUAAACUGCGGUAUGACGACAACUUUCUCUACGUGGGUGUUCUUUUGGAAGAACCGGAUGUGUGGGCGAAUGUUACACUGCAUGAUGGGACAGUAUACCAAGACAAUUCAUUUCAGUUGUUGGUUGAUACAAGACAGAGCAACGUCAAUUACAAGGAGAUCACAGUCAAUGCCCGAGGGACUGUGUCCGAUCUCAUGAUGACAAAGUCCUAUGUAGACGGUGGAGAACCUCUGACCUUCUGGGAGAGCGAGGUCAUGUCUGAAGUGUUCGUGAAAGGCACGCUAAACAACCCCAAAAGAAAAGAUGAGUACUGGACUAUAGAGAUAGCUGUUCCUUUCGCUUCCCUCUACCAAGGAUCGGGUGCCACCAUCAACCGGACUGCGCCGGAAAACGGCGAAACCUGGAGAGCUAACUUCAUUAGGGCAGAGUGGCCUGUCAAGAAUGAAGGAAAAUACUACGAAAAGCAAACUGACGCCAGUACUGAUUGGUGGGUGUGGCAAGCACCGGAAGUUGUCAAUGUACAUUUACCCGAAAGGUGGGGACUAAUACAGUUUCAAGACUCCAGAGUCAACAGUACUGACUUUGUGAGAAACGACAAAUGGAUUGCAACAAACGCAUUGCUGGACACAUACUCCGCUUUGAAGGCCUUCCACGCUGUGACAGGACGCUACACCGACAGAAAAGAGUUACUUCGUCUGCCAACAUACAUCCUCUCUGGCAAAUGUCUGGCAGACCUCCAUAUUGAUCUGGACUGGACAGGGUUCAAGGUUACAGCUCGGUCGCUUGGUAAAAACGCAGAGGAAGGUCACGUCAGAACAGACCAUUUCCUUUGGUUUGGGAAGGAGGACAUGCAAUAUUUUUAA